AUGUCGCGUCAUCCAUCCUCUCCGCUAUCGAAAGCGGAGAAUUUUCGCCUUGCAACUCAACCACACACUCAGCAUCACCAGCUCGGAGAGAUUGCACCGCACGACAGCGACACCGAUAGCGGAAUCUGUGCCGACUCCGAACAGCCUUCACCAAGACAAGCAAUCGAAAUUCCUCUUAUAUUCUCUCCGAAUACCAAUAAUUCUGACUACCUCAUUUCCGAAGGUUUCAGAAAACCGCUCCUGUACCCAGAAGUUUCUCGGAAAUUACCUCAGCGACCAGCUGGUUCAGCUACAGCAUCGCGAAAUAUAAAAACGUAUCGAGUGCGGUUUGCUGACGAGGUAAACAGUGGUGCAUCCACAUCCAAUACUACUACUCCACGUUUUGAACAGUCAACUAGUAAACCUCAACGAUGUGCCACUGCUGUCAUACAAAGAUCUCAACCUCAACCGAGCUUAGAAACACCAGAGGCGGAACCGCAAUUCUCCAAAGUUCCGAGAAGCAACAACGCUUAUGCACAUCCACCAAGCCAUCCAAGCCAUACGUACGAGAAUCAGCUAGACAAGUACAGAGAAAUGCAGAAAAUAGACAGAUUGGGCAACUACUCGUAUCCCACUGAAGAGGUGGAAACGCUCAAGCCACCAUCGUAUGAAUAUACUAUUAAUAGGCUCAGACGGAAAGAGAAUCCAAGAGAAUCAAUCAGAGACUUUGUUAUACGGCAAAAUGUGAAUGAAGCUUUGAGUAGGAAACUGCGCAGCCGAUCUUCGUCGCUGCCAAGAAUGGAUAUGGGUUUUGAUGUAAACGAGACGUACUACUCUCCUCAACUAGCGCCCAACUAUCAGGUCCAGGACAACAGGCAAAAUCUCAUGUUGAGAAGUCUUGAGGAUCUCCACAUAGGCAAUGAUUCGCUCAGUACAGACACAGUGAGACGGCGGAAGCUUCCUGUCGCUCCCCUGCUUGGCCCUCUUCAGGUUGUAUCGUCUGCUCGAGUUGCAGAUCCAGCUUACAAUACUCUUCACCCAGCAUUGAUGGCAAGACGAUCUUCUGAAGAGCAGUUAGCCCUGCAGCGAAUGUCAAGAAGAUCGGCAAGCAUUGGCCCUCAAUGUGAAGUUCUGGAUUACGGCCCAAGACGGGAACCUCCGGCUGUUCGUGCGGUGCUGGUAGCAUUGGAUCAGUGUGGAUUUCGGACUGUAAUGGUUGAAAAAACGCAACCAGGACCAUUUGGAUUCUACAUAGCCACAGGAGUGAUGAAUGGGCAACGAGGCAUCUUCAUAUCGAGGGUAUCGAUAGCUUCGUUGUCACCAAUGCUGAGCGUAGGAGACGAGAUCCUCUACGUCGACGAUCAGCUCGUAAAAGGUCGAAGCUUGGAAACCGUACAAGCGCUCAUAGCUGGAAAAACAAAAGUGCUGAUCGUCCUCCUUCCAGCUAUCGGAAAUUGUAUUUAGCAAGCCGCUAGCUUUGGGUUCAAGCGUCUCGUAUAAUCCCAACGGGCCAUUUUUUAUGCUAGGCUGAAUUAUUCUUAUUUCAAUUCGCAGUAAUUAGUGCUCAAACACGUUUCCUUAUCUCUAGCAGUAAUGAACAUUUCACAAUGGGAAAUUUGAAACAUGCUUUUCUCGAAAUUCGUUCAGGCUAACGGUUAUGUGCCCACUUCACUUCAGUUGCUGGUAUCUCAUGUAUGA